GAUGCGACCGGUGCUGUUGGUGGACCGUCUCUCCGCAGAUGCUCGAAUGUGCGGACACAUUAUUUCUUCUGUUAAAUCCUGCUCCAGGCUCGAUUAAAGGCUGUGAAAACUCAAAUCAGGUGACAAGAUGGGGAACGGUUCGAUGAAAUCAAAGCGUUACAAACACGCGGACGGCUCUGCUGGUUCCUCCAACAGCCGAAUCUAUAAAGAUCAGGGGUUCAAAAACUCGUCCCUGGACUCUCUGAGGGCCCGAGUGGACGAGCUGGAGCGAGAGGGCAAGAGGAGGGACGAGGAGCUUUGUGCCAAAGAGCAGCAGAUCAAGGCUCUUCAGGAGCAGCUGGCCAAACAGACUCGAGCUCUGGCCGAGCUGAGCGAGGAGCUGCAGAACAAGUGCAUCCAGCUCAACAAGGUGCAGGAUGUGAUGAAGAACCAGACCUCGGCAGGUUUGGUGUCAAGGCCUCCUUCAAUCAAAGCCAGCGGCAAGAGCAGCCCCAACCUCAGCGUUCGCAUCAAGGACACCAUUAACAGGAGGAAAGGGGCCAAAGCUGGGGUGUCGGCAGAACCCACAUCCAGGACGUACGAUUCCAGCGUCCUGCCCAAAUUCUCUUUCGAGAAGGCCCGGGUAUCAAAGGAUGCAAGUGUGAAGAAGCUGCUGACAGACUCCCUGAACAAGAACCAGUACCUGAAGAGGCUGGAGCUGCAGCAGAUCAAAGACAUGGUGGAGUGUAUGUAUGAGCGCACCUACCAGCAGGGAGAGUACGUCAUCAAGCAGGGAGAACCUGGGAACCAUCUGUUCGUCCUGGCAGAUGGGAAGCUGGAUGUGUUUCAACACAACAAACUGCUCACAUCGAUAACGGUGUGGACCACGUUUGGAGAACUAGCCAUCCUGUACAACUGCACACGGACCGCAUCAGUGCGAGCGGUGAACAGAGUGAGGACAUGGGCUUUGGACCGGGAGGUGUUUCAGAACAUCAUGAGGAGGACGGCUGAGACGCGACAUGAACAGUACCGCAACUUCCUCCGAAGUGUCUCACUCUUGGCUAAUCUACCAGAGGACAAGCUGAGCAAAAUAGUGGACUGCCUGGAGGUGGAAUACUAUGACAAGGGAGACUACGUUAUCCGGGAGGGAGAGGAGGGCAGCACCUUCUACAUCAUCGCACAGGGGAAGGUGAAGGUGACCCAAAGCACCGAGGCCCACAAGGUACCACAGAUCAUCAACACGCUGCAGAGGGGAGACUACUUUGGAGAGAAAGCACUUAUCAGUGAUGAUGUCAGGUCGGCUAAUAUCAUUGCUGAUGAGAACGGGGUGGAGUGCCUCGUCAUCGACAGAGAGACAUUUGAUCAGACAGUGGGCACCUUCAAUGAGCUGCAGAAGUACCUCCAAGGCUACGUGGCAACACUUGAUCGUGACGACAAGAAGAGACAUGCCAGGAGGUCGGUGUCACGUCACCAGAGCCAGCCGCUGUCCCCAGACGUCAUCCAGCUGAAGGAGAUGGUGUCAGCGUUUCCUUCAUCCAGGCCCUUUGACCACCUGGAGGUCAUCGCUACUCUCGGGGUCGGCGGGUUUGGACGAGUAGAACUGGUGAAGGUGCAGGGCCAGGACGUCACCUUUGCCCUUAAAGUCAUCAAGAAGAAGCACGUGGUGGACAACAGGCAGGAGGAGCACAUCCACUCGGAGAGGAAGAUCCUCGCUGAGGCUCGCUCGCCGUUCGUUGUCAAACUGUAUCGCACGUUUAAGGACAACAAGUACGUGUACAUGCUGCUGGAGGCCUGUCUGGGUGGAGAGAUCUGGAGUCUGCUCAGAGACAGGGGGAGUUUUGAUGAGCCCACUGCCAAGUUCUGUGUUGGCUGCGUUACAGAGGCUUUUGAUUACCUCCACCGCAAGGGUGUCCUCUACAGAGACCUGAAGCCUGAGAACCUCAUGCUGGAUACUGAGGGAUACAUCAAACUGGUUGACUUUGGUUUUGCCAAGAAGAUCAGAUGCGGCCAAAAGACGUGGACCUUCUGCGGGACACCGGAGUACGUGGCCCCUGAGAUCAUCCUCAACAAAGGCCACAACUUCAGUGUGGACUUCUGGUCUCUGGGCAUCCUCGUGUUUGAGCUCCUUACUGGCAGUCCUCCGUUCUCAGGGAGUGACCAGAUGAUGACGUACACUUUCAUCUUGAAAGGCAUCGAGAAGAUGGACUUCCCCAAGAAGAUAACCAAGAGACCCGAGGACCUCAUACGCAAGCUGUGCAGGAGAAAUCCCUCAGAGCGACUGGGCAACCUGAAAAAUGGAAUAAUUGAUAUCAAGAAACACAGGUGGUUUAACGGCUUCAACUGGGAGGGACUGAAGGCGAGGACUUUACCAUCUCCACUGAAAAGAGAACUCACUGGUCCAACAGAUCACAGCUAUUUUGACAGCUACCCUCCAGAUGAGGACAGUCCUCCUGAUGAGCUGUCUGGCUGGGACAUGGACUUCUGAGACCUCCUGCUCCAUCUUUCCAUUGUUGUCCUUCCUUUGUACACCCUAACAACCGAAACUAAUGGGCAAAGUGGGUUUUCAGGUGACCUCACAUCACCUCUGGCAGCCGUGGUGGAGGUUGUCACGUUCUGGGCGACUGUAGCUGAAAUUCGCUGGUUACUUUAUGAAGUUAUGAUUUGGGCAUCUUGACAGAAAUGAAGAGUUAAAGGAGAAUUUUCCGUUGAGUUUGUUUUGUUAACAUCACUGUCAUUUUGGAUAAUAAAUCUGAUUGGCACUCCAGUGAAUGAGGUACAGUUUAGAAGUAAAGCAGCAGUAGCACGUUAGCUUAAAAGCUAAAAUCCAUAGUACGAAAAGCUACUGAGGUUCUCCACAAUCUGCUUCUGAGAAAUGCUGCACUUCUGUGUUGCACUUAAAUCCACAACAGCCGGCAGGGUGUGUGGGUGGGAAGCCAGUGAGGGAUCAAGUCUUUGGAUGGCAGGGAAACUUGUGCAAAGCGAGUAAGGCAUGUAUUAAAAAAACAACAACAAAAAAGCACAUGUGUGCGUGACUUUGGAGAUCAGUAAAAAGAAUCAGCUCAGCUCAUAAUCGAUUCCAAAAUAAUAACAACCUACAAGUCCUGAAAAAAAAAACAUGUUUUUAAAUUCUGCAGUUGGGAUUUGGACUUCAUGCGCUUCAGGCUGGAGUUCCAGUUAACGACCAUGCAAAGUGUUUACAACAUGGUGGACCACAACUGGUGCUCAAAACAAAUCAAAAGGGGCCAAUGUUGUCCAAUUUACAACUCAAUUUGGAGAAAAAAAUGUUGGCAUUGUACAUUUCUGCAAACCACGGAUAUGUUACAUUUGUACUUUAGUAUGUAGAAGAUACACUGAAAGUUGAAACUACUUGUCUUUACGUUUCUACGUUGCUGUGGUUAAAAUGUAGUUAGGCUUAGGCACAAAAACCAUUUGGUUAUGGUUUGGAAAAGAUUGUGUUUGGCUUAAAGUACCCUGUUUUGGUUGCACUAUCCCCGCUGGAAACACAGCAACAUCUCUGUAAAAAAACAGCCGUUUUAUCGUGGCGCUAUCCCCAGUGGAGAAACAUUGACGAGAUGCUAAAUAACACACGUUAAGUGGUUAAAAAUCCACUGGAAAUGCAGCGAUGAUUUGCUAAAAACAACCAGUUUUAUUGUUUGUCAGUUGCAGAAAGUGGUCUGCAUCUUGGCAGGCAUCUUGCCUAAGUGACACACCAUCCACCCUCCCCUCCACCUCCCAAUGACAAAGUCAGCUCAUAUACUACGUCACUUUAGAAACACUGAUAUGAUAGGGAUGAAACAUACAAAUGAAGCAUACAUGUGGUUUGCAGAACAGACCCUUUUACAGUUAGUAAACAGUGCUUAGCUGGAGGCAAAACAGUUCUCCGUGGAAAUUAGCUAGUGAGUUCUGUUGGCUUGUUUCAGACAAUGGAGGAAGAUGAUGUGAGUGGUGCAUUUAGAAAUACUCAUUCAGAGUGGCAGAGCGCACUCUGGACACUCUGUCUGUGGAGACGGAGCAGCAGAGCACCAUGUGGAGUGAUGUACGAUAAUUUGACCAUUUCAUGAAUGUGUGGUUGUAACCAGUAUGCUGGAGUUUUUUUGUGAGCCCUGAAGGCAUCUGUUCCCAUGUGACAUGUUUCCAGCCAAUCACACUUUGCUUAGUUAGCAUGAGAUACGGGUGACGUUUGUCUCUGAACAAUGAGCACAAUUGGCUGAAUGGUCAGCUGUACCCGCCCCACGAGGCGCUAGACCCGUCAGGAAGUCGAGUGAGAAUGAGAUUCAAAACAGAAGAAGAAGAAGAGGAAAAACAGAAGCAAGGAAAAUGGAAAAAAAAGUAAACACUAGAGUGACUAUAUUUGCCUAUAGUGCAUCAGUAGGAUUGUUAUUUUGGUUAUGACGGAUGUACGAUAAUUUCCCUCAAAAUACGGUCAUUUUGAGUCUCUGGUACGAUAAUCCUACAUUUCCCAUCUGGCAACGCUGGCUCUCACUCAGUGGAUGGAUGAUGUCACGGGAAGCCAAUCUUACAAAGGAGGACCACACUUGUUUGUUUUGCUAUGGAAGCUAACGUUAGCUAAUGUGCUAAAAAGUUAGCGUUGCAGAGAAAUCCAGUAUUCCUCUUAAUCCCUCCCCAGUUUCUGAUGAGGUGGACAUGAUAACCCUUAAUACACAUAACCUUAUUCAUCCCUACAACAGGAAAUACUUUCUCCCUAACCUGAUAUGAAGUGUGCGCUGCACAUGUGAGCAUUUUUGAUGAUGGCCUCCGUCCAGUUCUUUGGUCUUAUCACAUUUAACCAUCUUUGUUUUUGUUGACGGGCAGUGGCGGCUGGUUUUGAGCCAUGACUCCUUCUAUUCUGGCUCCCAAUAACACAACAAGACAAACACAUUUUAACACUCCUGUGUGGCUACAGCCCUGUGGGGGAGAGGCAGGUUUUGCCUUGAGGCUAAUAAAAUUACAUCAUUGUGACAUCAGGGUUAAAAGGGUCUAUUGUACAAUGGCAGCAUUUUCUUCUGGCCACUGGGCCGCCAAUUUAAUCAUUCAAGUGACAGUGUGGUACAUGAUGACAUUUUCACCACACGCUGUGCCAUUGACAGAGUGAAGCAACUUAACAAAUGCAACAUUAGAUGCUUUUAUCUUUGCUGUAGUUUCAAAAUCCAUAGAGUUAUUAAUUACAGCUUUAGCUUUGCAAAGCUAGCCUGCAGGCGAAUUACUCAGGCUUUUUCUCAUACUGCUUUGGUGGGAGUCCUGUGUCACAGUAUCAUGUUUUCAAAUUCCUUAAUCAGUCUACGCCCAAGUAAUAAUCUUUCACAGAUACCUCUAAAUGAUUGUUUUCAGACACUUUUCUAUGGGCCCUCAUGACGGCUCCAGAUGUGGUUGGUGGGGAAUAUUUGUGAUGCAGCUGCAGAGUCUUUAUAUCUUACAGCUGAGGGGAUUUUGUGAUGACAUGUGCAAUUUGUUUACCGCUGUAGAGGAAUGGAGGUGUGUGGGGAGGAGAUAUGUGUGGAGAUGACACUGCAAAAAUACAGGCAACUCGAGAACAAACAGACUCGGGAGAAGAGACUCUACUUAUCUGCUUAGACGGCGUCUAACCACAGUGCACUCCUGUCCCACACAUGAAACAUUCGUGCUAAGAAGCAUCAAGAGUUCCUACAUGAAGAGUUCCUUCCCCACUUCACUUAUAGAGUGUGAGCAUCCCGCGGCAUGGUGCCUGACCUGAAGAAAUAUUUACCUUUUUGAAGCUGAGUCAACUCUGUGGUUCCCAGCUUCUUAAGGAGAAAGGGUUCUGCUCGGUCUGAGGCGUUGAUGAUGUGAGGAGGAGGAGCAGCGAAGAGGCCAAACAAGGCUUCGGGUUAAAAAAAACACACGUACUUUCCAUUUUUAAACACUUGAGGUUUACAGUAAAUCGACUGUGUACCAUGUGUUUAUGUAUAUACUGUAUACUGUAAAGCACAAGCAUCAAAAAUACACAAUUUAUACAACCCAAGCUACUUGUUCCUUAAUGUAAACCUUAAAAACUGGGUGAGUGAAUUUUGUAAAUAUCGCAUAUACGUGUAUACAUUGACUGGUGAAUGUGUGUGUACAGUAUGUACAGUGUGUGAUAACGUCUGUGUAUGGAAGCACCUGAUACUCCUGGAGAAGCUGUGGCCUUAAGAUAAUGACUACUGAUUCCAGGAUGCAGCUGUGUUUGUUAAAUAUUUCAGAUAGAGUCUGUGUUUUCUCUUAAAUUUGACUUUUUGUAAUUGAAUCAAAUAGUUUUCUUAGAUUGGUUGAUUAAAAUGUUAUUUUAUGCCACGAUAGAUAUUAUUAUUUCUUUUAUUUUCAUACCGACAUGUGCAGACCUUUGCCACUGUGGACAUUUUGACUUGUCAGACACAUCUAUAAUAGCUGCACUGUGUUCAUUAUCAGACCUGAUAGCUGAUCUGAAUUGCCACUUCAUUCAGCUCUAUAGUAUAUUCAUCCUGACAUCAUGUUCAUGUUUGCCAAUUUCUAUUGGCAGGAUGUCAUGUUUCGUUUUGCCGUUACCAAACAGUAGCAAGUGAUUUAACAGUUUUCACAAAAAAAUAGAGGACAGUACUUUUUAAAGUACCCACAACUUUUAUAACUGCAUCAGUGUCAUCCAUGCUUUACUUUCGCUGCGAAUUUUCAUCCAUGAAGCUAGCUAUAUGGCUGACUGUAAAAAAGAGAACUCAUACACUCUGAUCAAACUCAGAGGGUAUGAGUUCUCUGCACAUGGUUCUCAACAUUGAGGUGGCUGAACUGGCAGCUAGUAGCUAACGCUGCUAACGCCAUAAACAGCACUAAAAACAACACAUUCUCACUCCGACCUUGUCACAAGCCAUGUUUCCAUCAGCCUGUUUAUAUGCGCAUCUAGAAGUAUUGCAUCGGAAAAUUAUGAUGGAAACGCCAAAAUCGGAAUUAAAAUCCCCUGAAAAAAUCCCUAAAAUACGCUCGCUUUAGCUGGGUUUUGGUUGAUUCGAAAAAAUGUUGAUGCGCAAAACGGGGGAUGGAAACAGUUAUGUUCGAAUUAAGUCUGACGUAGCACACCUCUCUCCAUGGUGAUAUCCACACUCCGGGUCGGGAAGGCGGUAAUGCAUUUACAAGCUGGUUGCCAACCGCCAGAAAACAUAGAAGAAGAAGAAUGCAAGACUUGUUUUGUUUCCGGUUCUGUGGAAAACUCGCGCAAGUUCGUAGUUUUCACCAAAGUCUGUACAUUUAAUGGAAACACACAGGAUUCGUAUUUCUUUUAAUGCACUUUUCCCAGUGAUUCAAAUCACUUUUGGAUGGAAACAUAGCUACAUAUUGACAUUUGGUCAUCGACCUUCCACCUCCAGAUACGUUGUGAAAGGUACCCUGGGCGCGUUGUUUUUUGACUAGUAGCGUCAAGUGGGGCUGGAAAGUGUCGCAUUUCGAUGACUUCAAAGUGAGACCGGUACAGACACACACACACACAGGUAGUCUGUCUUUAUUCUCUGCUUAGGAAGCCAAUUCUCCACUAUAUCUUAGUAGUGAUUUGCUGCUAUAUUAAUGCUCUGAAUUCGGCAUACUGUACAGAACCUUUAACCCUGCCUAGAAAGCUUUGCUUGGCUGAUAGUUUUUCCAAGGAAACAACAGCCACCAAUGAGCAAACACACUUCCUGUUUGAAUCACUGAAGAAAUCUGUGAUUGGGAUUACAGAGGACUGCAUCAA